AUGUUGUCCCUGUCUGUAAGAAGAUCUGUCCGUAACGUGGCCAGGCUCUGCAAUUCCUCGAGCAUUCCGGUUUCUCGAUUCCUCUCUUCGUCUCCUUCCCUUGGUCUCCGUUCCUUAGCCCUAACCACUAGAAACUAUUCCAGCGGAGUUUCGUCUUAUCAUGCCUCCACCAUAAGUCACUACUCUUCUUCUUAUUCUUCUUCUUCUUCUUCUUCUUCUGCUGUGUUGCAAAGUGAUUCAGCACAAGAAAAGACGAGAUCUUUGCCUUUCCAUGAGGGCAUACACUCGGUGGUGCAGAUCUUCGAGCUCCGGAGCGGGCCAAAACCUCGUGAACCCUGGAAUAGUACCAGGGAGGAAAAGAAAUGCCUGGGCUGUGGACUUGUAAUCUCUGGAAGGGGGAUCCUUACGGACUCUCAUACAGUGACUGGUGUUCAUUCAUGGUUGCGAGUGAGAAAGUAUGGCUCACCCACUUUUUACACAGCAAAAGUCGAAUCGGUUGUGCGUGAAUGUACAUUAGCUACCUUAGUUGUUGACAGCGAAGAGUUUUGGGAGAAUAUGCAACCUUUGGAGCUCGGGGACGAGAUACCCUCUGUAGGCGAAACUGUCUCCGUUUAUGGUUAUGAAAAUGACGCCGUUACAAUCACAGAAGUUACUGUAACGUCACUUGAACCUAGAGAGUAUUAUCACGGCACCGCCCAACUAUUGGCCGUACAAGAUAUGAGUUGGUAUAACUCUGGUCCGGUUGUUAUAGGAAAUAAGAUUGUUGGUUUCUAUCCAGGGGUUGAUGAAAUCAUCCCAACUUCAGUGAUUAAGCAAUUUCUAAAUUGUCCUGAGGAUGCUCAACACAUUGGUGGCUUCGGUUCGCUGGAUAUAUGCCAUCAAACCAUGGAGGAUGCUCAACUACGUAGACAUUUUAAAAUGAGUCCUGACAUGACAGGUGUUCUUAUAACCAAAAUAGAUCCACUGUCGAAUGCUCGAAAAGUUCUGAAAGAACACGAUCUUACUUGCAAUUGA